AUGCAGUCUUAUCUGCAAUUCCGACGGUUGGGCAAUGCCGUCGACAGACAGCUCAAUGACGUCCCCGAACGCGGCUCCGCUCCCCCCGUGAGCGAGACUCCCCGUGAAACAGGAGCUUCAACUCCGUCGGAUCAGAUAGACGACGAUAUCACCGAAUCUGAAUCGCCUCCACUUGCUCAAAAGCCGACACAGUACUCCGAGAAAACUGUUUUUGGCAGAUCCCUUGCUGGAGUCGAUAUAAAGAAACAGCUCGAUCCUAAGUCUCAUAUUUUCAUUGUAGGGUGGGAACAUGAAAAUGAUCCACUCAACCCUCGGAAUUAUAGUACCUGGAGUCGAAUUGUUGCCACCUUGCUUGUCACAGCGUUAGCCUUCAUUGUUGGGGCUGCAUCGGCUAUCGAGUCGGGAGUUUUGCCUCAAAUCACGGAGUAUUAUGGCGUUAGUGAAGUUGUUGGAUCGCUUGUUACUGGUAUCUACUUGCUCGGCUUUGCCACCGGUUCUCUGGUCAGCGGACCCCUGUCUGAGAUCCUUGGCCGCAAUGCUGUGUACGCCGGUUCUCUUACUCUGUUCAUGAUCUUCAUCAUGGGCUCAGCCCUAGCUCCAAACAUUGGUGCCCAGCUCGCCUUCCGCUUCCUAGCUGGCAUCUUUGGCUGCCCACCAUUGACCUGCGCAGGCGGGACCAUUGCCGAUCUAUGGAAUCCCCUUGAGAAGACACUUACGUUCCCAAUGUACGCCAUCCUGUCAUUCGGCGGACCAGUCCUGGCUCCCGUGAUUGCCUCAUAUAUCGGACAAACAGGCGUUCUUUCCUGGCAAUGGACAGCUUGGAUCAUCCUCAUAGCCUCCGGUGCAAUCAUGGCUCUCAUCAUUCUAUUCCAACCCGAAACCUACUCCCCUUUGCUCCUUAAAUGGAAGGGAAAGCAACUACGCAAGGCAACAGGAGACAACCGCUUCCGCUCAGAAAUGGACAUGGAGAAAGUUCCACUAUUCACUCGGAUCGGUGGAGCAUUGAAACGUCAGUUCCUCAUUACGUUCCAGGAACCCAUCAUCCUCCUGAUCUCCCUGUACAUGACUGUCCUGUACAUUGUGCUAUUCACUUUCUUCGAUGGCUAUGCCUAUAUCUUCACUGAUGUAUAUGGCAUAUCACAAGGUUUAACCAACAUCACCUGGGUGGCAAUGUACAUCGGUAUCAUGCUUGCAGGCGUCCUCGCAUUCCCAAUCUACCACUGGACAAAGCGUGAUUUCGUCGCAGCCGCCAAGGCAAAGAACGGCGCUGACCCAGCGACUGAUCCUCACGCUUUGGACAAUGUUCACACUCAACCUGAGAUCAGACUUUGGUUUGCUAUGGUUGGUGCGCCGUUGAUUCCUAUCAGUUUGUUCUGGAUGGGCUGGACCGAUUUUGCCUCCGUUUCAAUCUGGUCGCCUAUUAUCGCAUCGUCUUUCUUCGGCUUCGGCGCUAUCUGCAUUUUCAUCAGUUCAUACAUGUACGUCAUCGACGCAUACGAUAUCUACGCUGCUUCCGCUUUGGGUUUCAUGACCGUCUCGCGGUAUUUUGCGGCUGGCGGUAUGACAGUUGUUGGGAUUCCAUUCUACAAGAAUAUGGGUGUUCACUACACUCUUACGAUUCUUGCGUGUAUUAGUGCGAUUAUGGUUCCGGUACCGUAUGUGUUUUAUCGGUAUGGAACUGUUAUUCGAAAGUGGAGUCGGUAUGCUGUUGCCGAGGAGGUCACAGCGUGA